AUGAUUUUAAAGUUAAUCAUAUUAUUAGUUAUUAUUUUAUUUGCAAAUGCAAAAGAGAAUAGUGGUGAUGGUUUAAAACGUGAAACUAUUGCAAAUAUUAGAAAUCCACCUUCAUACUUUAAUUUUAAAAGUUUACCAAAUGAAAAUGAAAUAAUAGAAUUUAAAAUUUUAAUCAAACAAAAUAAUUUAAAUAUUUUAAAAGAAAAAUUUUGGGAUAUUUCAAAUCCAAAAAGUUUAAAUUAUGGAAAAUUUUUAAGUUCAAAAGAGAUUGAUUCAAUUAUUUCACCUUCAAAAAAAGAUGUUGAAAUUAUUUUAAAUUGGUUAUUUGAUAAUAAAAUUAAUAAAAGUGAAAUGAUUGUUUUUUCAGAUUAUAUUAAAAUUAGAAUUAAUAUUUUAAAAGCAUCAAAUUUAUUUAAAACAAAUUUUGGAAUUUAUAAAUCAGAAAUUUCAAAUAAAGAAAGAAUUAGAAUUAUUGGUGAUGCAUCAAUCCCAAUAAAUGUUUUAAAUAAAAUUGAUUUGGUUUUGGGUUUAUCAGAUUUUAUUGAAGAUAAUAAAAUGAGUGAGACUAUGAGAAAAUCAAGAGAUGAUAUUGUUGGUAUUUCAAAACAGUUGUCAAUUUCACCUCAAGUAUUGAAAGAUUAUUAUGGUAUUCCAAAUGAUACUAUUGGUACAAAUUCAAAGAAUGUUCAAUCAAUAGGUGCUUUUUCAGAUUAUUAUAGUACUGGUGCAUUGGAAACAUUUGAUCAACAAUUUUCAAUUGAAAAUGUUAGAGUUUUAAAUGCUGGAAGUCCACUUUGUUAUGAACAAGGUUGUGGACAACUUGAAUCGGAUUUAGAUGUUCAGUAUAUGACUGCCAUUGGUAAUAAUAUUACAACAAUGUUUCUUGAAUCGGGUAGUGGUGAAUGGGUAUUGGAUUGGUGUACAUCGAUUCAAGCAUUUGAUCCAAUUCCAAAUGUAGCUUCGAUUUCCUAUGGGUGGAUUGAAAUGGAACAAUGUGAAAUCACACAAGAUUGUAAUAAUCUUGGUGUGGAUUCUACGGUUUACAUUGAGAGAACUAAUGUUGAAUUUCAAAAAAUUGGGUUACGUGGUACUUCAAUAUUCGUAAGUUCAGGUGACGAUGGUUCCCCUGGAUUUUUUGAUGUGUUUGGUAAUUGUCCAGUAGAUGGUAUCAAUGGUUAUUGUCCAUUUGGUGGUUGUGAGCACACAACUACCAAUUGUGCAACUAUUACAAUUGUAAAUUCAAAUUUUACAGAAUCACCAAACUGUUUUUAUCCAGUCAACCAAAUGGGUAUUGCAUGUAGAGAAUUAAUCAUUGUUCCAGAGGUAAUUGAUGCAUUGGGUACUUUCCAACAAGUUAAUGCUCAUUGUGAUUUUCAAUAUGAGUUUGAUGUGUUUGGUUAUACACAUAUUUAUUCUUCAUGUUUAUGUGAAGAUUUAACUCCAGUAUCAGGUGAAGGUUUUAAAAUGGUUGGAUACAGUUUUGAUCCAUCAAAUGGACCUGUCUUCAACCCAGAAUUCCCUGCAAGUUCACCCUAUGUUACAUCAGUAGGUGCAACUGAAAUUUAUGAAUCACCACAACCUGAAUCAGUUUGUUCAAUUCAGUCAGGUUCAAUCAUUACAUCUGGUGGUGGUUUUUCAGUUACACAAUCUCAACCACAAUAUCAAACUAAUGCUGUAAAUAGGUAUCUCGAGCAACAACCAUCCUCAUUACCCCCAUCAUUCAGUUUUAAUUCAUCAAAUCGUGCAUAUCCUGAUAUUUCACUUGCUGGUUCUAAAUACUCAAUUGUACAAUCUAAUAAUGUUUCAUCGAAUUUAUGCCCUUGUAUAACUAUAUCAGUUGAUGGUACAUCAUGCUCAUCACCAUCAAUUGCUGCAAUGUUUUCAUUAAUAAAUGAUAAAUUAUUAAAUUCUGGAAAAUCAACAUUAGGUUUCUUAAAUCCUUUAUUAUACCAAGCUGCUGAAGAAAGUCCAAAUGUUUUUAAUGAUAUUAUAAAUGGAAAUAAUAAUUGUAAUCGUAUGUAUUGCUGUGAAUUUGGUUAUAAGGCUAUAACUGGUUUUGACCCUGCAAGUGGGUUAGGUAGUAUUGUAUAUUCAAAUAUGGAAAAUUAUAUUUUAUCACAAAAAUAA